CCUUGACACUAUUAUCCGCCAUGUGUCCAAUCCUUCUCAUAAGCGCACACGAAACCAAAGUCUAAGUUUCUUGAAGCGACUACACUUCAUACUUACGUAGGUCGAAUCUUUUAUUCGUGUACCCGCAUGAUACACUUUGUCAAAGAUUUAAUUAAGUAGUUUUGAACUUCAUCCUCUUCUCUCAUGCAGGAUAACAAGCACAUACAUUGGGAUGACAAAUUUUGUGCUUCAAUUUAUGAUAAUAAGCUUUCCAUAUUGAAUUCAGCCUCUAACGUUGUAUUAGAGGGGAAUUGGGUGUCCCAUUACCAGAAACUAUAUGGACUUUUAACCCAUCCCAUUCACAGACUUUAUCACCAAGUCACUAGUUAACCAUUUCGUCAAAUGAUUAACCAAAUUAUAUCGAGUCUGGUCAUAUUGUCUAGACACAACUCUAUGAAUGAUCAGUUCAUAGAUUUUACCGUGCCUUACUCCCACAUUACCGUUCUUGUCAUUUUCACUUGACUAUAUGCCUUAGCCAAAUUAGCAUUACUAUCACAAAAAAUAGCAACAAGUGAGGUUAGUUUAAGCCAAACCUCUCAACAAUUAUGUCUCCUCUCUAAGAGAAACCAAGACCACACAAACUUUGAUUCCAUAGUGAAACUUAGUGAUGCAAGUUUACUUUCUAGAGGCCAAAAAUAUGGCACCUCUCCCAAGCAAUAGGACUCAUCUCAAUGUUGAAGUAUCACCUUUAACAUGAGAAAUCCAACUAACAUCAACAAAUCCUUCCAAAAUGGAUGGAAAGCCACUAUAACUCAAUACAAUGUGCAUUUGACAUGUCCUAGUACACACCUAAUUUCAUUUCAAAUUAUGAGAACUAGGAUUCAUCAUGUACCAACUUAAUUGUUCUAUCGCAUAUGCGAUAUUUAGCAUCAUGUAAGUCAUGCAUACAUCGAGCCCCCAAUUUAACAUGAAAUACUAGGGGUGGCUAUACGGUCCGGUCCGGUUAAAUUGGCCCAAAUUGAUCCGGUCCAGUCCAGUCUUUUUGAAAAUAUAAGGACCGAAGAUUGGAUUGGAUACAGUCCGGUCUUGAUCCGGUCCGGUCCCAAUUCGGUCUUGAUUUUACAUUGAGAUUGUGGGAUUUGAGUGGCCUAAGGCCUUAAAGGGUGAGGAGUUGGUUAAGUUUUGUACUAAGUGCAAAGGUUUGUGACCGUUUAUGCAAAUUACCCUUAAGUUUUGGGUGUUGAGCUCUCUUAUCCGGUUUUUUACCUCAAAUCUAAGCCCAAAGAUUGGAUUGGAUUGUUUACUAUCCGGUCUCGGUCCGGGUUAUACGGUCCGAUUUCCGUUUUUUAAACCGGUCCCGGUCCAAAUAGCCACCCCUAUGAAAUACUCCAGUUGUAAAACUGAUUUCCAGUAUUAACCAUAAGUUCCAUACUUGGAUCCAUUGGUUUUUUUUAACUCACUACAAUUCCUACUAUGGAAUUUAUGCAAGUACCUUCUCAUGUAGAAAAAUUGAGAGAAUGACUCUUUCUUGUCGUUCUGCUUGAUUCAAUACACAGAAUGAUACGAUCCUGGAAUUGAUCAAAUUUCAUCCAGGAUUAAUCGUUAAAGAGGCCAAGUCGAAUUGCAAAGAAGAAGCUGAAAAUUGUCAAAGUCACUUUCCGUGUUCAAGCAGUCGACUUUGGAGGCACGUUUCUCUUAAUUGACUCAAUGGAAAUUCAAGUUUAAUGGCUUGUGUUGAACAUGGAAUGAUUUUCUACAUAUUGGUAUGCUUGGUUGCUCAAGAAGAAGUAAUUAAGGUUGUUUUCCAAGGCCUCAAAGUUGCUACCUCAAAACUGGAAAACUGCCAGAAAAUGGCUAAGGCAGAAAACUGUAUUGAGAUACCAACUUUGAUGGACUAUAUCUGGAGUUUGGAGCAUGAUCUCAGGCUGAUUCAAGUUGGAGAUGAAAUAGGAAGUUUUCUUCUACAAAGGAAAGAGAUUGGUUGAGUUCGAAUCAACCUACAAGAUCAUUUUCGAAAGGCUCAGAGAUGCUAUAAAGCCUGUUUUCCUAGGCAGACUUGCUUGUGUUUUAAGUCAGUUUCUUGGCUUGCAAGUUAUCUUGUUUUACACGAAUUCUUUAGUCUUUUCUUGUUCUAAUUAGUUUUCUUGUUAGUUUAGAAUUGUAUUAGGUUUUCUUUGGCUAUAAAAGCCCUCUAGUUUUCGUUGUAAUAGUUAGAGAAUUGUUUAAUAAAAAUUACUCCGAGGAGUUUAUCAUUGAGCUUGCGAGCUUGAUUUUUGGUCUUGGAUUCGUCCUAGGCUUGCAGACUUCUCUUUCAAGUCAUUCAUACUUGUUUGAGUAGUGAUUCUACCUUUCGAAACCGAUUGAGCUUGUCCCCAAGUGAGGAUUUGUACUUUCGUUUCAAACCCAUCCCAAAUCGUACUAAGCACAUCAUGUUCUUUUGGUUUUCUAUUCAAUUCAAUCCUUUGAGUUGAAUUAGCUGCGUGACUUUGAUCAAAACACCCCUCCUGGGGCGUAUUACAGAAUCACAUUUGCCUCCCCACGUCCCACAUGGAGAAUUUAAAUAACAACUUUUUAUCAAAAGUUCACUUAUCUUUUAUUGGUCCCAAAGAUAAGCAUGUCAUAUACAUACAAAUGUACGAUGAAUCCAUUACCAGAAUCAUCAUAAAUUUUAUAUAUAUUUUGUCUCCUUGGUUUAAAUAACAUAAACCCCUAGACAAAAUCACACCACUAGACAAAUCCAAAUUUUCCUUGAACUUCAAAAACGUCAAAUAGAGAAUUAGACAAAUUAACCAUUUAGUACGUGACCUACAUAAAGGCAAUUGUCAUUCUUCUAUUUCUCCAUUUUACGAAGCCUUCUCCUUCUUCCUCAUCUUCGAAUCAUCCCUCUUCCAAGUUACCUUCCGAAUAUGGAAUACACCAUGAGACUUGUAUGAAGAAAACCCAUCUUCUACUAUUAUCGAUGAAAACCUCAUCAUCGAACAUUCUCAUAAUUCCAUAGAACGGAACCGGUUUCUUGAAAAUAUCGGUUUGAGCCAUCAUACCGGAAAAUAUUCUUUUCGAUUGUUGGGACUUUUUAGGACGAGGGUACACGUACGAUAGCCCGAGACCAGGUGACCAGGAUUGUGAUAGAGUCGUGAACAACGUUCACUUUCUGAAAAGAAUAUAUCCACCCUCUACAAAGCCUUGGGUUACAGGAAAUUUCUCCCGAGGAUAAAACUAUCACCACUUUAGGUUCUAGGCUCAAGAACACUAAAGCAUACUUAGAAAUUUUUGGAAGAAAGAAGAAGAAUAUGUUUGAUGGUAUGUGGCAUCAUGCACCCAACACACAUAUUUAUAGGGGCCGAAUCCAUGCAUUGUUUCAUGAAAGGUUGCAUUUAUCCAUAUGAAAGGUUGCCCUUAUCCAUAUGAAGGGUUGCCUUUAUCCAUAAGGUUAUCCUUAUCCAUAAAAUAAUGCAACCACCAUUAGGCCAAAGGGAUGUGUCCCUUCAUGGAAUUAGAAUAUCGGUUCGGUCGGUCCAAUUCCAAACCGGAUGGUCGGUCCAACCCAACACCAGUUUGACUUGGUUAGUCCGGUUCAACCAAAUUUCCAACAUUACUACCCCCAUUUUAGUGUAUUCAUAGAAUUCACAAAAAUCACAACAUUCUUCCAACAAAACUUAAGCAUUAAUGAAAAUGUCGUGACGAUUGAAUUUUCACCAUAGUAUAUUACACUUGACGAAUACUCGAAUACAAUGGGUGUCGGUAACGAUUGAACCCAUUGACUCAUAUGAAUAUUCGAAGAUAAUAUGCACUUAAGUCUUCAAAACUUCUAAGCGCCUUGACACUAUUAUCCGCCAUGUGUCCAAUCCUUCUCAUAAGCGCACACGAAACCAAAGUCUAAGUUUCUUGAAGCGACUACACUUCAUACUUACGUAGGUCGAAUCUUUUAUUCGUGUACCCGCAUGAUACACUUUGUCAAAGAUUUAAUUAAGUAGUUUUGAACUUCAUCCUCUUCUCUCAUGCAGGAUAACAAGCACAUACAUUGGGAUGACAAAUUUUGUGCUUCAAUUUAUGAUAAUAAGCUUUCCAUAUUGAAUUCAGCCUCUAACGUUGUAUUAGAGGGGAAUUGGGUGUCCCAUUACCAGAAACUAUAUGGACUUUUAACCCAUCCCAUUCACAGACUUUAUCACCAAGUCACUAGUUAACCAUUUCGUCAAAUGAUUAACCAAAUUAUAUCGAGUCUGGUCAUAUUGUCUAGACACAACUCUAUGAAUGAUCAGUUCAUAGAUUUUACCGUGCCUUACUCCCACAUUACCGUUCUUGUCAUUUUCACUUGACUAUAUGCCUUAGCCAAAUUAGCAUUACUAUCACAAAAAAUAGCAACAAGUGAGGUUAGUUUAAGCCAAACCUCUCAACAAUUAUGUCUCCUCUCUAAGAGAAACCAAGACCACACAAACUUUGAUUCCAUAGUGAAACUUAGUGAUGCAAGUUUACUUUCUAGAGGCCAAAAAUAUGGCACCUCUCCCAAGCAAUAGGACUCAUCUCAAUGUUGAAGUAUCACCUUUAACAUGAGAAAUCCAACUAACAUCAACAAAUCCUUCCAAAAUGGAUGGAAAGCCACUAUAACUCAAUACAAUGUGCAUUUGACAUGUCCUAGUACACACCUAAUUUCAUUUCAAAUUAUGAGAACUAGGAUUCAUCAUGUACCAACUUAAUUGUUCUAUCGCAUAUGCGAUAUUUAGCAUCAUGUAAGUCAUGCAUACAUCGAGCCCCCAAUUUAACAUGAAAUACUAGGGGUGGCUAUACGGUCCGGUCCGGUUAAAUUGGCUCAAAUUGAUCCGGUCCAGUCCAGUCUUUUUGAAAAUAUAAGGACCGAAGAUUGGAUUGGAUACAGUCCGGUCUUGAUCCGGUCCGGUCCCAAUUCGGUCUUGAUUUUACAUUGAGAUUGUGGGAUUUGAGUGGCCUAAGGCCUUAAAGGGUGAGGAGUUGGUUAAGUUUUGUACUAAGUGCAAAGGUUUGUGACCGUUUAUGCAAAUUACCCUUAAGUUUUGGGUGUUGAGCUCUCUUAUCCGGUUUUUUACCUCAAAUCUAAGCCCAAAGAUUGGAUUGGAUUGUUUACUAUCCGGUCUCGGUCCGGGUUAUACGGUCCGAUUUCCGUUUUUUAAACCGGUCCCGGUCCAAAUAGCCACCCCUAUGAAAUACUCCAGUUGUAAAACUGAUUUCCAGUAUUAACCAUAAGUUCCAUACUUGGAUCCAUUGGUUUUUUUUAACUCACUACAAUUCCUACUAUGGAAUUUAUGCAAGUACCUUCUCAUGUAGAAAAAUUGAGAGAAUGACUCUUUCUUGUCGUUCUGCUUGAUUCAAUACACAGAAUGAUACGAU